UUUCCCCUCCAUUUCCUCUGUCUCUCUAAAAACAGAAACAAAACAAAAAUUUCUCUCUCUUCCGUCCUUGUCUUUGAAAGCUCCAGCUGGGAACUUGGAAGCCAUUGUUAGGGUUUUCAAUAUUUUCCGCAAACUUUCCUCCGAAUUACAUAAUUUCCCGGAAAUCAUCCAAGUUUCCGGGAAAAUCCCAUCUCCUGAUUGAGAAGAUUCAAGAUUUUAUUGGAAAAUCAAAUCUUUUUGUGAAUCCUGUCUUGUUUCUAGCUGUUUUCUCGUUUCUUUUAUUUCGGGGAUAUAGCAAGAGGAGGAGAAUGCCGGGCCACAAAUGGAAGCCUGAGAAACCGGACCCGGCUAAGCAGGUGAGAAGAGACCCGUACGAGGUUUUAGGGGUCACGAGGAACUCUACAGAUCAAGAAAUCAAGAGCGCCUAUAGAAAAUUGGCUUUGAAGUACCAUCCUGACAAGAAUGCAAAUGAUCCUGAAGCAGCAGAUAUGUUCAAAGAGGCUACCUUUUCAUAUAAUAUUUUGUCUGAUCCAGAUAAACGACGACAAUAUGACACAGCUGGUUUUGAGGCUGUUGAAGCAGAAAGUCAGGAGCUGGAGCUGGAUCUUUCGAGUUUAGGAGCUGUAAAUACCAUGUUUGCUGCACUUUUCAGUAAACUUGGUGUCCCAAUAAAGACUACAGUGUCAGCCACAGUCUUGGAGGAGGCAUUAAAUGGUGUAGUAUCCAUCCGGCCGCUUCCUUUGGGACAAGCUUUGUGCAGAAAGGUUGAAAAGCAAUGUGCUCACUUCUAUUCUGUUACUUUAACAGAAAAGGAAGCACAGGCUGGGUUUGUUUGCAGAGUGCACUCAACAGAUAAAAGCAAGUUCAAGCUAUUGUACUUUGAUCAAGAAGAAAAUGGUGGAUUGAGCCUUGCCCUGCAGGAGGAUGGUGCAAAAACGGGGAAGGUUACAUCUGCUGGCAUGUUUUUUCUAGGUUUCCCUGUUUAUCGCAUGGAUCACUCAUGCAACUCGAUGGCAGCUGUAAAAGAUCCAGAUACUGCUUUUUUCAAGAAACUGGAUGGAUUUCAACCGUGUGAAGUAAAUGAAUUAAAAGCUGGCACACAUGUAUUUGCUGUUUAUGGUGAUAAUUUUUUUAAAAGUGCAAGCUACACCAUUGAAGCGCUUUGUGCUGCACCUUUCACAGAGGAGAAAGAAAAUCUUCGAGGGGUGGAAGCUCAAAUUUUGUCCAAAAGGGUGGAGCUCUCCAAGUUUGAAACGGAAUACCGGGAGGUACUAGCUCAGUUUACAGAGAUGACUAGUAGAUAUGCACAAGAAAUGCAAGCGAUCGAUGAGCUUCUUAAGCAGAGAAAUGAAAUACAUGCUUCAUAUACGGCUGCUCCCCCCAUGAAGCGGACUGGUAGUAGUCGAAGUAAGAGUCGGAAUGCUUCUAAGGACGUUAGUGAAGAUGGCCAUGUAAAAGACAAGAAGCCUUCGAGGGACCGAUCAAAGAAGAAGAAAUGGUUUAAUAUUCACUUAAAGGUGGAUAAAAGGAAGUCUUGCUGAUAGGGUGAGAAAUUGAACAUGUAGCUAUCUUCAUAUCUUAUUUCUACUCAAGCUCAUUGGUUUUUGAAGUCCAUGAAGAAACAUUUGGAGAUUUGGAUACAUUAUAUACCUGUGAGGUCAACUCUAUAUUCGCUAGUGAAACCUGCUGCGAGUGCUUCAGAGUUGCUCUGGAAAAUUGAGGUGUAGUUUCCUGCUUCAGAUCGUAUCCAGUGAUUGACAAAUUUCCAUGCUGUUAUGUUGCCAAAGAAUGUGGACACGUGAAGCAUGGCACCAUAUUGUAUUGUAAAAAUCUCUCUGUUUUUCCCCCCUCUUGUAAUUCUAUACUUUUGGAUAAUCCAUCAUGCCUGUAAAUUGCUCCAUAUAUUGAAAAUAUUUUUUCAUCAAAUUUGAUGAGCCUGGUGGUGGGGGGGUGUUGUUUGUGACAAGGCAAAAAGGGUAGAGCUAUAAUAAUAUAGCUGCUUCCAGUGUUGCGUU